AUGCUAGUGCAGACGCAGGUACUGAUGCUAGUGCAGACGAUGCUAGUGCAGACGCAGGUACUGAUGCUAGUGCAGACUGCAGGUACUGAUGCUAGUGCAGACGCAGGUACUGAUGCUAGUGCAGGUACUGAUGCUAGUGCAGACGCAGGUACUGAUGCUAAUGCAGACGAUGCUAGUGCAGACGCAGGUACUGACGCUAGUGCAGGUACUGAUGCUAGUGCAGACGCAGGUACUGAUGCUAAUGCAGACGAUGCUAGUGCAGAUGCAGGGACUGAUGCUAGUGCAGACGAUGCUAGUGCAGACGCAGGUACUGAUGCUAAUGCAGACGAUGCUAGUGCAGACGCAGGUACUGAUGCUAAUGCAGACGAUGCUAGUGCAGACGCAGGUACUGACGCUAAUGCAGGUACUGAUGCUAGUGCAGACGCAGGUACUGAUGCUAAUGCAGACGAUGCUAGUGCAGACGCAGGUACUGAUGCUAGUGCAGACGCAGGUACUGAUGCUAGUGCAGAUGAUGCUAGUGCAGACGAUGCUAGUGCAGACGCAGGUACUGAUGCUAGUGCAGACGAUGCUAGUGCAGACGCAGGUACUGAUGCUAGUGCAGGUACUGAUGCUAGUGCAGACGAUGCUAGUGCAGACGCAGAUACUGAUGCUAGUGCAGACGAUGCUAGUGCAGACGCAGGUACUGAUGCUAGUGCAGGUACUGAUGCUAGUGCAGACAAUGCUAGUGCAGACGCAGGUACUGAUGCUAGUGCAGGUACUGAUGCUAGUGCAGAUGCAGGUACUGAUGCUAGUGCAGACGAUGCUAGUGCAGACGCAGGUACUGAUGCUAGUGCAGACGCAGGUACUGAUGCUAGUGCAGACGCAGGUACUGAUGCUAGUGCAGACGCAGGUACUGAUGCUAGUGCAGGUACUGAUGCUAGUACAGACGCAGAUACUGAUGCUAGUGCAGACGAUGCUAGUGCAGACGCAGGUACUGAUGCUAGUGCAGACGCAGGUACUGAUGCUAGUGCAGACGAUGCUAGUGCAGACGCAGGUACUGAUGCUAGUGCAGACGCAGGUACUGAUGCUAGUGCAGACGCAGGUACUGAUGCUAGUGCAGACGCAGGUACUGAUGCUAGUGCAGACGCAGGUACUGAUGCUAGCGCAGACGCAGGUACUGAUGCUAGUGCAGACGAUGCUAGUGCAGACGCAGGUACUGAUGCUAGUGCAGACGCAGGUACUGAUGCUAAUGCAGACGAUGUUAGUGCAGACGCAGGUACUGACGCUAGUGCAGGUACUGAUGCUAGUGCAGACGCAGGUACUGAUGCUAAUGCAGACGAUGCUAGUGCAGAUGCAGGUACUGAUGCUAGUGCAGACGAUGCUAGUGCAGACGCAGGUACUGAUGCUAAUGCAGACGAUGCUAGUGCAGACGCAGGUACUGAUGCUAAUGCAGACGAUGCUAGCGCAGACGCAGGGACUGACGCUAAUGCAGGUACUGAUGCUAGUGCAGGUACUGAUGCUAGCGCAGACGCAGGUACUGAUGCUAGUGCAGACGCAGGUACUGAUGUUAGUGCAGACGAUGCUAGUGCAGACGCAGGUACUGAUGCUAGUGCAGACGCAGGUACUGAUGCUAGUGCAGAUGCAGGUACUGAUGCUAGUGCAGACGAUGCUAGUGCAGACGCAGGUACUGAUGCUAGUGCAGACGCAGGUACUGAUGCUAGUGCAGACGAUGCUAGUGCAGACGCAGGUACUGAUGCUAAUGCAGACGAUGCUAGUGCAGACGCAGGUACUGAUGCUAAUGCAGACGAUGCUAGUGCAGACGCAGGUACUGAUGCUAAUGCAGACGAUGCUAGUGCAGACGCAGGUACUGACGCUAAUGCAGGUACUGAUGCUAGUGCAGACUGCAGACGCAGGUACUGA